CCGACUCCGCGGGAUGAAGAUGACGUCGCAGCACGUAAAGCGCAGGAGCCUGCCUACGAGUUGACCUUCACCUGCCGCAAAUGCCUCCACCGCUCGUCGCAUCGUAUCACGAAGCAGGCAUACCAUUUCGGGACGACUCUCAUAACGUGCCCGGGGUGCAAGAACAGGCAUCUGAUCUCGGAUAACCUGAAGAUCUUCUCCGACCAGAGUAUCACGCUCGAGGACAUCCUGAGAGAGAAGGGUCAGUACCUGAAAAAGGGGAGGCUGGGCGAGGACGGCGACAUAGAGUUCUACGACGAU